CUUUUCUGGUCGAUACCUUCCACAGCUUCCGUUGAAGGGUGAGGCUAAGGUGCACGCUGCACCUUCAGGACUGUUCUAAAUUCCUUGAAAAAGCAUGGUGACCCUCUGGAAAUUUCCUCUGGCGUCAAUUUCCGCCUUGGCAUCUGGAAGCUCCAGCCAGAGAAUGUUGCCAGCCAUCGCGCGGCCAGCGCUUUGCAGCUGCACGCGGGCUGCUGCCUCGAGUUCCGCAUCUGCCUUGCAACCAUCCCGCCGCCACGCCUCAUCAAAAGCGGCACAGCUCGCCAAGGAGGAAAGAGACGAGAGGUUGCGAAAAGGUAUUGAGCUCUACCACCUCACUUCCACCUUCUUCCCGGCACCCCGCAGUGGGAACUCCGAACCGGCCGUUGCAGCGUCAUCUUCUAACUCCGACCUCGAUACAGAGAUCGACAAUCGCAUCAAGGAAGAGCUUGCAAUGCAAACGGAGCUUAGAGGAAUGAGCACCACCUUGGGACGAAGCUCAGGUCUCGAGGCACCCAAGUUCCGAAAUGCCGGAGAACUCGUCGCCAGGGCGACCUCAGAUGCUAACUACUUUAGCCGUGCAGGCAGGAGCGACAGCGUGGACGACUUUCAAGAUUCGGGUGAUACCUUUGGACCUUCCAAUGCUUUUUCGCCACCGCCUUCUACCACGUCAAGCUCAUUCAGCGCGUUUGAGGAACCGGCGUUGUUUGAUCACAUGACACUCGACCGCCUGCGAAGACAAGCAUUCCGCUUCACUUCCAACGCAUCGGACAAGCGACCAGCGCUCGGACGGAAGAUCAUGGCGCACGACGAGGCAGACCAGAGAGGUGCCAUGGUCAGAGAUGCUCUCUUCGGCACAGUCGGCCUGGAGUUGCCGGGCUUGGAAAUUGUGCGCGAGCGGGUCAAGGAGAAAAGAAGGAGGGCCGCAGAAGCAGCGAAAGCUCAGAAUACAGUACAAGAAGCCUCGAAGGAGAGCCAUGCUGAUGAGAGCUAAGAGGCCGGCAGAAGGGUAGGGACGGCGAUAUAUCCAGUAGCAGAAGGGGAGCGCAGUUCUAAGCACCUUCAUUCUAUUUGGUGAUCUCAACCUUCCACAGUGUCUUUCUUCAUUCUUGGGAGCUGCGGAAGUGAGCGGGAAUGCCGUUAAAGUGAUUCUCUUGUGAUGAUGCGGGUCAGGGGGCAGGUGACGCGCUUUGGUAGAUUGCGAAAAAUGUAGCCACCUGGUGGUGGCUUUCAUGCCUGAGCUUUGCAGACUAGUCUUUUGAUGGCCCGAGCCACUUCCUGGAUAUCUUUGCUCUUUCUUGGAGGUGCAUGACCACCGUCAAAUUCGAGAACCUCGGCUGUGCCUGGGGCACAGAGCGAUGCUAACAGAUGCCCCUCCUGCCUGGCCCCGUCUUGCUUGCCGAUGAUGUGCAGCGUCGGAAUGGUGAUUCUGA